AUGUCGUCGACGACACGUGACCUAGCUGCGAAAGUGUGGCCUCGAUUUUUCCGGGCUCGCUUACCCAUCGCCCCACUUCGCCCACACAGAGUCAGCCCCGACUCUGCUCUCACACUUCGCCUUUCAGAAAAAUUGGCCUCUUGUCACCCCUCUCGAAAUUUCAACACCCUCGACUCCCCCGGUAGGUACGACCAUCGACUAGGACAGCAAUCAAGAUCUAUCUGCGUCGCCUUCCGCACCGGGCAAGCCUUUUUUAAGGGUCAAUCGAAACCCGGGACACGCGGGGGGCAACGAAUCGACGACGGCAUCCAGCAUUCGACGGCGGGGCGACAAUAUUUUUUAACCUACAAUCACGAGGGACAAAUUGCUGAUGUCGAUUCUUUUUACAGGGUCAAUCUGCGAACUCAGAAGCGCCUCGCCGCGUCGGUCAUCGGCUGCGGUGAGCGCAAGAUCUGGCUCGACCCCAACGAGGUCAACGAGAUUUCCAACGCCAACUCUCGCCAGACCAUCCGCAAGCUCGUCGCCGAUGGCCUCAUCAUCCGCAAGCCCGUCACCAUGCACUCGCGGUCCCGUGCUCGCGAGCUGAACCUGGCCCGCCGCAUUGGUCGCCACCGUGGCUUCGGUAAGCGCAAGGGUACCGCUGAGGCCCGUAUGCCCAGCCAAGUUCUUUGGAUGCGCCGCCUCCGUGUCCUUCGCCGUCUCCUGGUGAAGUACCGUGCCUCUGGCAAGAUUGACAAGCAUCUGUACCACGAGCUCUACCACUCCAGCAAGGGUAACGCUUUCAAGCACAAGCGUGCUCUCGUUGAGCACAUUCACCGUGCCAAGGCCGAGAAGGCCCGCGAGAAGGCGCUCAAGGACGAGAUGGACGCCAAGCGUGCGAAGACCAAGGCCGCCCGCGAGCGCAAGCAGGAGAGACAGGUGGCGAAGAAGAACGCUCUGUUGGGCGAGGGCGAGGAGGAGGCCAAAUAG